AUGACCAACAAUAUCGGUGAGACAAUAACAACGGCUAAAACAUUUCGUUUUGCUGCAGGCCAAAUCUUGACUCUUGAUGAAGAUAAAAUCGAAAAAAUUCCAUAUUUAGCUGCUAUUGUGUCUUCUGCGGAUUGUUUCGAAUCAACACGCGACAACCUUGGCCAUUAUAAACUCGAUCCACACAUCGAAUAUAAACACUUUUGUUUUGCUCUCGAGACGCUUUCAUUUCAUUCAGUUCGACAACUAUUUACUCAUCUAUCGAAACAGAAUCAUAUUAUACCAAUAAUUGCUCUUCUCGAUUUUCUUGGCAUUGGACCACAACCAGAUCCUACUUUGCGGGAAGUCGAUUCUGUUUUCUUUUCAACUUUAGUAUACAGUCCUAUGUUACAAAAAUACUUACAGAUAAUUAGACCAUGUGUUCUUCAAGACAUGGCUGUUCGAUUCGCAAUUGCCAUGGCUAAAGAAGAAUAUGAUUUUACUAAUUGUAAAGUGAUCGAUCAAAUACAUUGGUUUAUUAUGUUUAUUCUAAGUGCUUAUGAAUUAUUUGGAUCACGUCUUCGUUAUCAUGUAUACAAAAUUGCUGAACAUUGUUUUUCUAUUUUCAAACCUUCGCUAUUAAAAUCUCUCCAGAAAAUUAUAUAUAAAAUAGAAAAAGAUGAAAAAAUAUUUCUUUCAGCAUCAAGUGAAGACGAUGUUGAUCCUGAUGAAGACAACAAACGUUCUUUGGAGCAAAUUCUUGACAUAUCGUAUCCAAAGAUAUCUUCUUUCGAGUAUUCAACAUUAAAACAGCGGCAGGAAUUAAUUCUUCAUCGAACAUACACAGAUAAGCAUCGGAUUUGGUUUAGGAGAACAUUUGAACAGACGGAAAUUCUGGAACCAGUAUAUCGGCGUGUACUAGAGAUCAUGUAUGAGCGUUUACAAAGCGAAAUAUGUCAACGCGUAGUAAUUGAACUACGCAAAAGGAAAGUUUUACAUAACAACGUAGAAGAAUAUUUCGAUUUAGAGUAUUAUUUGUUCCUAUCAGACCACGAAGGUUUACCAAAAGCAAUAUAUGACAUAUUUAAACAUGAACGAAUACAAAAAGAAAUACAUGAACGUAUAUUAGAAGAAAUAUGCAUAUUAACACCAAAACUAGAAAAAAGACAUAGUGAAUUAGUGACACAAAUACGACAAUAUGAACAAAGUCAUGAUAUAUUUCAUGGAAAUGGAUGGAAUGUAUUCGAUUUCUAUCUCUUUGGUUCUUCAUUUUUUGAAAGUCUACAAGAAGAAGCUUUAUCUUAUGAACUCAUACUUGACAAAUUACGUCAUGGUUCAAGCAUAGAAACAGAAAUGUAUCAACGUGUAAUUGAUGCAUUGCAUCGAACUGCUCUAACACAGUUCGUACAUUGGAAGAAUACCCAUCAGGAUAUAAGUAAACUACAAUAUCAAUUAUCAACAUGUCAUUCAACAGGAAAAUAUCCUUCUGUUAUAUUAAAUGCCUUAAUAAAUCCAAGCUAUCAAAUUUCCGAACUCAAACCAUUACCAAAACUUCAAUAUAAAUAUUCGAUACGUCAGUUAAAAAAAUUUCGGUCAUAA